CUCCCAUAUAUCAAAGCAGGGUCGCCUCCUUUACAUGUUGGGAUAGAUCACUAGUCGAGGUGAAGAUGUCGAAUUUUAUUUCUUUUUUUCUUUUGAGGCAAGGAGAUGUCGAAUUUUGGGGAGAAAGGCACAACCUCCAUCCAGACAACCCCUUAAACCUCAAUCAGAGGCCAGAGCUUUGCGUACGAGGAGAUAGCUAUGUUCAUUCUUCAUGAUUCCUGAGCAAGCGUCGUUGCAAAGAACCAGAGGAAGGCAGUGCAGAUGAUGUUGGAGCAGAGUUUCGUGGUAUUGAUGUAUUCAAUUUGACACUAGAAGAAAAGCUUCCUUACUAUAGGCGCUUAUAUAAAAAGAGAACUAACAUGGCCUUGGUUUUCUACCAUGAAAAUAACCCGGGUGACCGCUACAAGUUUACGCACUUGCACCUCAAUGAUGUUUAUGAUUUCAAGGUUGAAUUGGUUUCCUAUUUGCACAUGAAUUUCAAGGCAACUAAUGCAGCAACAGGGUCAGAGGUGACCUUUUUUGCUGAAUUGGCUUUGGAAGGUGAUGUUUUCGAUAAGCAUGGUGGAUACCGCACCACUACCUGCAAUAUUGUUGAUGAUGAUUGUGUUGGUGGUCAAAAAGAGGAGUGGUACAAGAGAUAUGGUUUGACCGCGGAUGGUUAUGACGAGCACAGUUGCUAUGUGUGUGCCAAGAAGAUAAAGCACCCCAUGGGAAAGAGCUACAAAGGAGGCCACUGGAUCAGGGAUUACUGAGUGGAUGAUAGUUCUAUCGAAUGAGCUCUAGAUAUUUUUAGUAUAUAUUUUGUUGUGUUGGAUUGGAUGAUUUGAAGUUGUUGUGAUAGCAAAGCAACAAAACAUUAUGCUAUCGUCAACACUGGCAUAAUAUUAUGUAGGAUGUACCUGGAUGUCUUAGUACUAUAAUGGCCCCUAUUCUUUGGUGAA